AUGUCAUCAGCUUCGCCCGCUGCCUUGCUAUCAGAGCCUUCUGAUAAGCUCUCGAGACCUGCUUCACCCGACUCUCCCGUUCCCGCGAAGCGUGCAUUGGAUCGCUCACCCUCUGGUCGGGCUGGCAAGCGCGCCAAGGGUCGCACAAACAAAUGCACUUGGAACGAGGCGCGUGACCCUUAUGAAGAGAGAGGAGAGAAAGCUCGCGAUAACUCAUAUCACGAAAUUUGGUAUUGCAAGCACUGUGACUCCACGAAAAAGCCCAAUUCCGUGACAACGAACCUGAGCCGAGCCCGCAAACACCUGCGGGACUUUCAUGGCAUCCGGGUUGUAGAGCAGCUAGAAAGGUCAGAUCUGAAGAAGCAGCAACAUGGCACCAUUAUGGAUAUGUUUGGAACGCAGGAGGAACGUCAAGCCAAUCGAGACCUUGUUGAGGAAAAGUAUUUGGCAAAUGCCAUUAACAUUCCUCAGUCCCACCAGCUACCAUGGUUGUCACAAGCUCAGAUAGACAUGGCAAACCAACUUUGGCCCAGCCAGGUAAUAGAGAAUGGGUUUCCAUGA